AUGCCGCUGUCGCCCCCUCCCGUAGUCGACACCCUCGUGUCCUUUCCCGCGCCGCACGUCCUCCUCGUCACGCUGAACCGCCCCAAGCAGCUCAACGCCAUCCACACCCAGCAGCACCACGACCUCGCCCGCCUCUUCGAAUGGUUCGACGUCGAGCCCACGCUCCGCUGCGCCGUCAUCACGGGCAACGGCCGCGCCUUCUGCGCCGGCGCUGACCUCGGCGAGUGGAACAAGCGCACCAACGGACCCGCCGCCAACGCGGCGCCCCGCCCGCUACACAUGGGGGCCGGGUUCGGCGGUCUGUCGAACCGCGGGGGCAAGAAGCCCGUCAUCGCCGCCGUCAACGGCCUGUGCUUGGGCGGUGGUAUGGAGAUGGUGGUCAACUGCGACAUGAUCGUGGCGGGGACCAAGGGCGUCAAGUUCGGCACGCCCGAGGUCAAGCGUGGCGUCGUGGCCCUGGCGGGUGCGCUGCCCCGCUUGGUGCGCACGCUGGGUAAGCAGAGGGCGUCGGAGAUGACGCUGCUCGGCCGCAUGUACGGAUCGGAGGAGAUGCAGAAGUGGGGUAUUGUCAAUUUCAUCGUCGAGAGCGGCGAGGGCAAGGAGGGUGCCGUGGUGGCGGAGGCGGUCAAGAUUGCGGUGGAGCUGGCGGCCAACAGCCCCGAUUCCGUCAUCACGAGUCGCGAGGGUCUCGCGCUCGGGUGGGAGCCCCUGGGGCCCAUUACGAGCACCGAGGUGUUGGGUAGGGGCAUGUACGGGCGCAUGGAUGGCGCGGCCAACAUGAAGGAGGGUCUCGCGAGUUUUGUGGAGAAGCGCGAGCCCAAGUGGACGGAUAGCAAGUUGUAA